AUGCCUGGUUAUGCUAAAUUCAUGAAGGAUCUUGUUACAAAGAAUAGGACGGUGAGCUAUGAACUGGUGGACAAUCUUCACCAUUGUAAUGCCAUUUCUACAAGAUCCUUAGUGCAAAAGAAAGCAGAUCCUAGAGCAUUUACUAUCCCGUGUACUAUUGGAUCACCGAAUUUUGCGAAGGCCCUGUGUGAUCUUGGGGAAAUUAUUAAUCUGAUGCCACUGGAAGUUUAUAAAAAUUUGGGUUUGGGAGAUCCCAUACCUACCUACAAUAGGCUUGUGAUGGUAAAACGAUCAGUGAAGUGGCCAGUUGGUAUAUUAUAUAAUGUGCUUGUGAAAGUGGCCAGUUUUAUUUUCCCUGACGACUUUGUGAUCCUAGAUUGUGAGGUAGACUUCGAGGUACCAAUAAUAUUGGGUAGACCUUUCCUCGCAACUGGGAGUCUGUUGAUUGACUUGCGAGCGAAUAAGCGGCGAUUUAGGUUCAAUGAUGUGGUAGUCUGA